UUUAAACAUAACAAAAGUUCAAAAUUAGUUUUUUUGUUUUUGUUUCGUUGAUAAAACGAAAAUUUAGUUAACAUUCAGUACUCGGCGCUAUAUUGUGAUCGUUUUUAUCAUGUGUGUCCCAAUGUACGAGCAAACGAACAUACCAUUGCUUGCUUGAAAGGGAAACCGGUUUUAGAAUUUUCUUGUACCGAGUUUACACGAUGAAGCAGCGUGUACACGUUGCACAGCACGUCAUAAUUUUUGAAAAUGUUCAACGAAUUUGUGGUUUUUGUUUUAUUUAUGCAAAAAAUAGGUACUGUUUGGUAAAUGCGUAACAAAUGAAUCAACAACCCGAAUUCAAUCCCACGUGCAUAAAUGUAUUUAGUUUCUCGACACAGGCUCGGAUAGUCGCCGUUUUCCAUUGAAGCUUCACCAGCACCUGCAGCAGCAACGGCAGCAUAAAAUGACAAUAUAAACAAAGUGAUUCGCUUGGGUGGAGGCGGGAAACAUUGUUGUUAUUUCGGCCCGCUAAUAAACCGCUUGCUUACGGUUUUUGGGGAAAACGAAACGCAGAAAAACCAUGAGCAAAUUACGCUCAUGCUGUGUACCGUGCUGUAACGAAGAAAAGUUUUCCCUCGUCCACAAGUUCCCGUCGGACAACGAGCGGGCGGAGCAGUGGCGCCGGGUGCUGGCCAUCGAUGACUUUGUCGGUCUGUCGAUCGACGUCAUCCGGAAGCGGUUCUUCAUCUGCACGCGCCACUUCCGCGAUUCCGACUACAAAAACGAAGCGUCCCGCAGCCUCAACAUUACGGCGGUGCCGUCCAUUAAUCUGGUCACGCUGAACGAUCCGGAAGGUAUGAACCGUGAUCCACCGCCACUGAACCGGCCCGGAACGAUGCUUCCCGUUGGGCAGGGCUUGGCGGAGCCGAAAGGGGGACAGGAUAGCGGUCGACAGGAUAGCGGUCGACAGGAGCAGACGGCCAAUACUUCCACCGUGAGCCCGGGGUUGACCGCUUACGUCGAAGAAUCCUGCCCCGAAGUGUCCCAGUUCGCGACGACGUACGGGGAUGACAUAGAGUUCAUCAACGUUCCGUCGAGCGAUGCAUUCCGAAAGUCUUCCCAAGGAUCGGCCUCUACUGUUUCAUUGAAACGAGCCUUCCCCAAACCAAUUCCCAGUCCGGGUACCCUCAAUACUAUCAGCCUCAUUGAGCCGAGAGUGAAAGUACCCCCGACGCGGGCGAACAACGUGCUGCGGCGAACGAUCGUUACGAAACCGGCGUACAGUAAUAUCGUCCCCCUGGGUGUGCCGGUCGUUCCCGCAGAUGGAGCCCCGCUGGUGCUGAGACGAAUCAAGGGGCCAGUGCCGAUGGUGGAGCGUAAAAAAUGUACCAGCACGAUGACGCAAACGGAUGAUACGGCGGUAGAGGAACCAGCUGAUAAGCCACCGGGUCAGACGGUGGACGAGCAGGACGAUAAGGAUGUAAAGGCAAACCAGCCCGCUACGAAGGUGCUGGCCCUGCUCGAGUGUACGCCGGAGAAUUUGCAACGGUUACAGCGCAAGCUGGAGGCGGAAGGUGGCGCGUUGUGCCUUGACGAGCGCCUGUUACGACUGGAUGACGACGAUGAAGCGGAGCGCGAUAAAGCGAUGCAGUCGGACAAGCAGGACGGAACGGCGGACCCGACCCGUUUCCUCACCGUGUGGAUCGACCCGAAAGACGGCGAGUCUAUAUCGGUUAGCUACGUUUGGUUGCGCGAUCACUGCCAGUGCGAGGAGUGCUACAAUGUGGCCACAUUCCAACGGUCCACCUCGAUCCUCGAUUUGCCGCUGGACAUACAGCCGGCGUUGUGUGAUGUGACCGAUAGUAAAAUCGAAAUCGUCUGGCAGGAUGGCCAUCUAUCGUCGUACCAACUGCGCCAGGUGAUGGACAAUCACGUGGACAACUACCGCAAACGGUUGGAAGAGCGGCGAGCCCAGCUCGUCCUUUGGGAUUGCGCACUGAUCACCGCAGCGGAUCACCCGCCCAGCUACGCCCGCGUCACGCUAAACGAUCUGCUCUGCGAGGACAGCGUAAUGCGGCAGGUUGUGGGUAGCUUGAUUACGUACGGCUUUGCCUUCAUUACCAAAGUGCCACCGAACCAGCAAAGCACGGAGAUGGCAGUGAAGCGCAUCUUUCCCGUGCAGCGCACUCUGUUCGGUGACAUGUGGACGUUCAGCGAGAGCAAGAUGGACCACAGCGACACGGCGUACACGAACGGUUUCCUGGGGCCGCACACGGACAACACGUACUUUAGCGAUGCGGCCGGGCUGCAGGUGCUGCACUGCAUCCAGUUCAACGGGCGCGGCGGCGAGACGCUGCUCGUCGAUGGGUACGCGGCGGCGGAACGGUUGCGCGAAAGCGAUCCCGCCGCGUACGACAGGCUGUGCGAGUAUCCGCUCGAGGCGGAGUACAUUGAGGAGGAUAAGCACCAUCGGUACGUGGCGCCAGUUAUUAAGCGCCAUCGUGUGCUGACCGCGGCGGUCGAGCAAAUACGCUUUAACCCGUACGAUCGGGCACCGAUGCGCACGCUGGCGGCGGCAGAGGUGCCCCAGUUCUAUGCCGACUAUCGCAAGCUGGCGGAGGAGCUGUACCGCGAGGAGGUGCAGUGGAAGUUUCAGCUCACGCCCGGCACGGUGCUAAUCUUUGACAAUUGGCGCGUGCUGCACGGCCGGAUGGCGUACAGUGGGAAGCGGGUGAUGACCGGAUGCUAUGUGGCGAGGACGGAAUAUCAGAGCGUGGCGCGCACGAUGGGGCUGAUCGAGUGAGCAGUUGGCAGCAUAAUUGGAAAGGGUUUUUUUUUUCAUUAUUGUGGUUUUGCGUUAUGAAUGCAAUGAACCAGAAAUGCAAUAGAAAUCGUUGUAUGUCGGUUCGGUUCGGUGAAAACGCAAAGUAGGAGGUGUUAGUAUGCCUAUGCCAAACUCUUUACGUACUGCUUCAAACGCGUCACUAUAGUCUCAACGUCUACUCACAGCGUUCACAAACCCCAUUCAAAAUUGCACUGGAUGCGCCUUUCCUAUUCGAAACAGCUGAACAACAUACCGUGACGGCACGCUGAUGUCGGACAUCAAAGUGUUCGUAUGCAUUACCCCAGACAUGUGCUAGCUUUGGAGCUUCCUGGACAGUUUCUUGAACCUCGUAUGGGAAUAUCGCCUUCGAUAAGGUUAGUGUUUCACAAUGUUGUGGCAAAAAUCAGGCCAAAAUCUAAAAAAAGCGAGUAUGGCCAUUUUGCCGUAUAUGGUUGAAUGUAUUGGAAGAGAUAUUUUCAACUUAGGUUCUCUGGUACGCACAUGACGUACCAAUACAACCUUGUUGCUAGCACUAAUGAGUAAUGACUAUAAUUAUUCAAUAUCAGCAUCGUAUUGGCCAAUCUGGACAAGCAUUUGGCAGUAUUUUGCCAAUGUAUGGAAUCUGUUGCACUGUUCAAUUCAGUGGAUUUUAUGAAUUUUACCCACUUUUUGACAUUUUUCGUAAAAGUAAAGAGUAUCUUAAUCGAUGUGUGAUGAACGUGGUAUAAGGAAUUUUCCAGGAAGCAUCAUAGUUCGAAGAUUGGUGAAAAGUAGCUUCACUUUAGGGUGGUGUCACCUGUAUAGACGCUUGUUUUUUAGCCUUUCGAUAGAGCAACUUACUUUAUAUUAAACGAAAAGACACACUGUAUGGAUCCAAUCUCAACAAUAGCACGACAACUAAAAGAAACGGCAGAUUUUGAUGAAGUAGAAUUUUUAAUUCUUAAUAAUUUGGAUUAUAAAGUCGUUCGAAGUGGGUCGUUUGCUCACGGUUUA